AUGGCCGACAAUCCAGAUUUGAUUCCGAUCGCUGGAUCAGGUCCCCAAGGGGACGACGCGCCGCAAGCUGCUGACGAGGGCCUCGACAAACAAUCCAAACAACAUAUCCCUAGGCCCCGAAACGCAUUUAUUCUGUUUCGGUCGCAUCAGCAGAAACUGCUAACGGAUUAUUGGAAACAGUCGGGCCAGGAUAUACCGCAUAAUUGCGAGGUGAGUAAGAUCAUCAGCUUUCAAUGGAAGAAGCUGACUCCUGAAGAAAAGAAGGAGUGGCACGACAAAGCUGAGCAAGAAAAACACGAGCAUGCAAAGAAGUAUCCUGGUUAUAAGUACAAACCAAAGAGGAAAAAGAACAGAAACAAGCUGGCCUUGGAAUUUGAACUUCAGAACCUCGUGCGAAUGUACCCGCACGGCGGUGGUACAACUACCACAGAGUCUGCUGUACCUGGGUCCAGUGGACAGAUGACGAAUCCCUCCUCAUCGUCGGCAUCGAUGUUGCCCCCACAGGGAGGCACAGCUGAGGAUCAGUUGCAUUUUCAACAGCAGGUUGCUGUACCGUCUGCAGGUUCACAGACUUCAGGUUCCUACUUAAUGCAACUGGCCCCGUGGGAAAAUCGGUUUACUCCGGAGCAGCAGCUACACCAACAUCAUCAGCAUCAUCAACAGCAUCGUCAGCAUCUUGAGCAUCAACAACAGCGCGGACUACCAAGGGGAUACACAUCGGAUUCCCCGUCGAGUAUGAGCCAGAGCGCAUCGGCUCAGAUCUCGCCCGUAAAUUUUAAUGCACUUCCCAGCGCCCCUACACCUAAGAUUGCAUAUCCGCAUGAAAACGUGUGGAAACCAUCCAGCUAUCGUCAACAGCAGGCUCCGCCUCAGUACAGAUACCAACAGCAGCAACAGCAGCAACAGCAACAACAACACCAAAUUCAAUAUAUGCAGCAGCAGCAACACCUGCAGCCGCAACAUCUACAACCUCAACAUCAAUUACAACAGCAGCAGCUAUCUCAGCAGCAUCAAUCUCAACAAACGCAGCAUCGACAGCAGCCAUAUUACAGACUUCCAAACAUUCAGCAGGAUCCGUACAUCGAGCAUGGGUACCAGCACACUGUAGUAGCAACUCCUCCAACAAGUGCACCAACUUCUUCUAGUUCAAUUUUAGCACCCUCUUCUGUUCCACCUCAGCCAAUGCGUUUCACAAUGCCUAUCCAUCAGACUCCUGCUCCUUCUAAUCCUUCUCCUGCUGUAGGUAGUUCUACUUCUUUACAAUCAAACAUCUCUUCAACCGCCGGAGUCCGUAUGAACGACCUUGGCGCAUCACAACCAGACAAUGUCAAUCCAAAGUAA